CCAGACACAGAGCCGGUGUGUGACUUAGUGGCUGGGGAGAGGGGCAUAACCUGAGUGCAGCCCCCCAUCGUCUUCUCUAUGAGGACAUGGAGGACUGAUGGGAAACGCCCAUUGGGCGGAGGACCCUUCCCUGUCCAAUGUUAGCUGUGACUCUGCUCAAAAAGGUUGUUAUUAUAAUGAUUAUCAUGAUUACCAUCUUGGCUUCCUCAUAAGAUUGGAUCUCAAGGCAGCUUACACCUUAAGAACAAUGCAGCUAAAGCACACACAAAAAGUGAACGUCAAAAUGGAAGCCAAGACGACAGCUGAGGUUGCCUUACUUUGGCCACAUCACGAGAAGGUACAACGCAUUGGACAAAACAAUGACGCAAGGAAAGGUGGAGGGAAGUAGGAAGAGAGGAAGGCCGCAUGUCAGAUGGAUGGAUUCUUAUUAAGGAGGUCAAGGCAACCAGAAAGAGAAGGCAACACCUGUCACACUCAGAUGAUUCGUAAUUGGUUUCCAGACUGUCCAUAUCCAGGUUGUGCCAAAAAUUCUGGACAUUUCUCUCUGGGGAGAGCCAGUUCUUUGUGAAUCGAGUGCAUGUUAUGGCAAGGGGUCUCCUGGCCCGGACUGUUACUGUGGUUUCUCUUACUGUAACUCUAUCUGCUGUUGCUGCCAAAUCUUCUUCCUGCCAGUACUUCUACCCACUCUUCCAAGCUGCCAAGAAACUUGCCUACAGCCCCUCUUCGGAAUCCUGGUUUCACAGCAACACUGUUAAAAUGUCCACUUGUAAAGACUGGAAAGAAAAGUUGCACAACAAAGCUAGGAUCUCUCCAUAUCCAGGAUCAAAGGUUGAGCGCAGUGAAGUAUCCAAUGAUAAGGUGGACUGGUCAGUUGUCUGGGAAGACUACAGCCCUGUGGAGUAUACAGCUCGCUCUGUUUUGGCAGGACCCAAGUGGGCAGAUCCAGAGAUUGGGGCUGAAAAUUUUUCUCCCAAGUUCAAUGAAAAGGAUGGGCAGGUGGAGAGGAAGAGUCUCAAUGGUUUAUAUGUGGUGGAAAACGGACGGCCCAGGAAUCCUGUAGGCAGGACAGGAAUAGUGGGUCGAGGUCUUUUGGGGCGCUGGGGACCAAAUCAUGCUGCAGAUCCUCUUAUAACUAGGUGGAAGAGAGAUGACAGUGGCAAUAAACUGGCUCACCCUGUAUCUGGCAAAAACAUCUUGCAGUUCAUCGCAAUCAAAAGGAAGGACUGUGGUGAAUGGGCCAUCCCAGGGGGAAUGGUAGACCCAGGGGAGAAGUUAUCAGCUGCAUUAAAACGAGAAUUUAGUGAGGAGGCUUUGAACUCCUUACAGAAAACAGAGGCUGAGAAAGAAGAGAUGGAAAAGCAACUGAAUAGGCUUUUCAACCAGGAACAUUUUGUGGUAUAUAAGGGAUAUGUGGAUGAUCCUCGCAAUACAGACAAUGCUUGGAUGGAGACAGAAGCAGUAAACUACCAUGAUGAAUCAGGUGAAGUAAUGAAUAAGUUACACCUGGAAGCAGGAGAUGAUGCUGGGAAAGUAAAAUGGGUUGACAUUAGUGAAAAGCUUAAGCUGUAUGCCAGCCAUGCUGACUUUGUUAAGAUUGUGGCAGAUAGAAGAGGAGCUCACUGGAGAGAAGAUCCCUGACUUUAUUGGCUGCCACCAGAGAUCAGAGCAUCAAACAAAAGCCUAAACAUGUUAGAAGUGGAAUGAGAUGUUCAUGUUAUUUCAAGGGAAACAUAAUUGUUAAGUGAAGCUACGUCCUUUGAUUUCAAUGGGAAAAACUUAAACAUAUGUUUAACUCUUCCACUGAAAUCACAGCAUAUCCUCUCUUUUUAACAAGAAAUACUACCAAGCCAUUAGAUAUCACACAUUCUGUAUCCAUUAUAUCCAGGGAGAAAUACUUGUACAAUGGUAUGAUUUUGGCGACCAAGAGGAGUGUUAUUAAGAGGUAUUUUACAGCUGCAUCCUUGAUUCUCAGACUGGAAAUACUUUGUUCUUUAUGUGCUUUGAGAGGGGGAAGAGUUUGGGUACUGUAAAAGAUUUACACUACCAUUUAUUUUUACUAUGACAGUUCCUCCUGUAUUUCAGUUAUCAAAUUGUUGAAUCAUAAGCAAGUGACUGUGAUUUCUAUUAAAAAAUAAAAACUUACAUCUUUUUCUUGCUGAUGAUGAUCUAAUGUUGGAGAAAUAACCUCACAUGUGUACAGUAUACUGUAUACUAAAUGAUGUAAUCCCAAGAAAGUGAAGCAACUACGUAUGCAUUCAUAUGCACACUUAGCUGGGAAUUAAGUCCCACUGAACAGAAUGAAACUUACUUUGGAGUAAAAAUGUGCAGAAUUGCAAUGUAAGUCUUUGGCUAGAAUCUGGAGUUCACACUCACCCGACAAACCAGCAAAAUGGCACUGAGCACAACAACAAACUUAUUUUAUCAGACUGAUCCUAUUCUCUGUAGAGAUGGAAAAGAAAUUGUAGUUAGAAAUUCAAAGAAAAAUCUCGUGUAGAUUUCAACCAAGUGCCCAUGAUCUGAAAUUUAAAAGGAAACAAACGUAUAAAUCAUCAUAUGGAAUGUAUACAGUAUGUUUGUAUUGAGUAAUAUUGGCAUACAGUCUGGGAUCCAAAGAGAUCCAGCAAUAUAAUGUGCUUGAUGGGGCUGGUUUCUGAUAGCUUCAGUUACAACAGUGGCUUCUCUGGGGCCAUCUGAUAUUCAAGCACAUUUCAGUGAUUGAAAAGAACCCAGAAUCUCUUAAUAAGCACACAGUCCCUUCAGUCCUGUUCAUAAGUUGUUUGUCUGAAACCACCAAUGGUUUAAAAACCUGUUUUCAAGUUCCUAUGACUUCUAGUACCAAAAUCAUUUCAAACUUCCCUGAGUCACUCUGAAAGUCAGCUUUGCUCCCUCGGUAUGGUUGGAAAUGUCUUCAUGGUGUGGCAUGUCCAAAAGCCAUGUUUCCUUUAGUGCUAUCCAGACGCUUCACAGAUUGGUCAAAUUUUGCAGCCUGCCGUUGAUAAUGCAAAAUUGGUAUGCCAAUAAAUGUCUAAUGGGUCAUUCACUGCAGUGUUUUGCUUUUCUUGUUUGAACAUAAGAAUUCUCUAGCACCGAGCCAGAGCAGUUAAAGCAGUCUCAAACUGGAUUAUUUCUGCAGUGUGUUUUGGACAUGAGAUGACAUAAAUAGGGAUAAUACUAGGAAAUAGGAAAUAAUUGGCAACCAGAGGUUAUGUUUUGACAGAGAAGUAACUACAAAGUUAGCAGUUUUAUUCCACCUGCCACCCAUUUCAAAGUUUUAAGGGUUAAAAUAGCAGAGCUUACUUUUUCCAGGCUAGAGAAACUCUUCCUUCCAAAUGCUCACUAACCCCACUCACCUUAAACCUUGCCAGAUUCCAGCUCGUCAGCAAGCAAAGGAAACCUUUCCAGCAAUGCUGAGAAUGAAGUUGCUUUCCUUCCUAUGCAUUGUGGGUUGGAUUUUCAUCUAAUUAAUUCUGAAGAAAUGCAAAUAUGAAAUCUUGUAAAUUGGAGCAACUCAGUUUGAGACUUACCUGUCUUUUAAAGCUGCAACCGCUGCCUAUUAUGGCUGCUCUUUGUUGUGUCAAUCAGCAGAUAUUUUCUAUAAUACAUAGCUGGUUUCAUGCUUUGUGUGUUCUUGGAUGAAUAAAUUACAUGUAUAUCACAGUUUCUGACA